AAUUGAGUGUUUAUAAGUGUCGCAAUGGGGAAGUGAACACUCGAUCACAAGCCGUAUGACUCUAUCUCGGCCGGAUGUAAAGCGCGGGGCGGACUUACGGAAGCUCGGGUUCGGAGAAGGCAAAUGGAGGGUCGAGGCAGAUAAAUCGAGAUGUUUUCGUCUUCUGGAUGUAUCCUCGAUGCGUUAAUUAAUGAUCUUCAGGAAUUCUGUAUAAGGCUAGGUGGGUUUGCACAGGGAUAUCUUUUUACCAGCAACAGAAAAUACACAAAGAAGACUAGGGAAAGAUUGAAGACGAGGGCGAUCACUAAUGGUUUGUCAGAAGUCAGUCAUGCGCGGGUGAUUCGCCGAGGCCUGGCCCGAAAACGGCCGCAGGCGCCAUUUCCAAGCUUCGUAGUGACUACUGCUACUCAGCUGCAAUUGGAGUUCUCUUCCUGUCGCAUCAUCUUCCUUGAUAGCAGAAUUGAUAGGAAAAUAAGUAAGUAUCAUGGUCACCUCUUAGCACCGGUACCAAUCAUAUUGAUGACCGUUGAGGCGUUUUUCUAUGUACAGCAUCUCCUAGACGAUUCCACGUCGGCUCUUAUUGAUCUGGCCGUAAUAACUUCAUACCCUUAUUGCCUCUGCAUCUCUGUAUUUUUGAUUGAAGUGGCAUGGGGUGCCGGUUUGAUCUCCAGUUCACCUGGUAUACAUCAACCUCAAGACGAUGCAAUGAAGGUGAAUCCAUGCUGCGAGCAGAUAUUCUUACGCAGUGAACAGUUUGUUCCUCAAAAAGCAGCCGUGCCGCUGGUGGUAGCGCUUAUCUGGCAACGUUAUGGGCUGAUAUCGGGAUGGCAGUGAACGCUGUACCACACAUCAGGGCAUCAUCAUCGCCUAAUUAGAUCACCUUCAUGACGCCUCCGUGAUGUCUCUUUGCCCUUCA